CCAGUGCUGCUGAUUUGGAGAUAAUUUUUUAAAGUUUUUCUUCUAUGUAAGCAUUCCAAAAUAAUAUGUCAUAUAAAAUGUAUUAUAAUCUUGCAUUUUAGCUUGCAACGCAAAUUGGCUAAGAGGAGUGUGUCUGUGUCGUUAACUCGGCCUUUGUAUACUGCGCGUCUAGUAAAUAACUAUUAAAAUAUCAGGGGGCAUGUUCCGAAAUUCACUCUUGAAGAAAAAGAUGCAACUUCACUUCUACGUUUACAAAUAUCUUCUAGUCAAACCAGAAGAACAUUUCGACAUUACCACAAAGCGUUCAUAAACUUUGCGGAGAAGGUAAACGCAGUAGCAGGUAUUCUUUCGUCCUCUAGUUUCAAUUAAACCACUUGACCUUCCAUUUACUAACCACCUGGUUAGAUAUUUAUGAAUCUCCAGAGCUUUUUUCUGAACACGCCCCAGGUUGUGAUUAGAUUAAUAUAAAUUAUUACAACAGUUUUUUAUGAUCCUGAAGUUAACAGAUAAUUAUCAAUUUUUCGAUUUUUUUCGACAAUAGUAUAUUACACACCGAGGGAAGUAAAGUAAGAAAUGUCUCAGAUCACAUGUAAUUGUUGGCCGAGGCGAAGCCGAGGUCAACAAACAUGUGAUCUGAGGCUUUCUUAUUUACUUCCCGAGGAGUGUAUACUAUUUUUCUCCUCGACGGAGGCGGGAAGCGGCAACUUCGUUUUGCACAGCGGGACGAAAGUUGACGCUUUCCGCCCGGAGGUGAGAAAAUCAAUUUAAAAAAAAAAAUACGCUUGUAGAAAAAUUAAAAAAACUAUUGGUGCAAUUACUUUUUUUUAAUUAAUGUAUCAUUUUGAAAAGAAUCCAAAACUUUUUAGGUGUCGGCUAACUCCAGUAUCAUAGUUUUUUUUUUUUUUUUUUUUCCUCUCAUUCGCUGUCGAUGACUCACUUUUCUGCAAACUGUGAUUGUUUAUAAUAACGACACGGAUAAGUGUACAGAAAUGGGUAGGAUAAAAUAAGCGAUAAGCAUGCGGCAGAAAUCGUGCCCCGCGACAGGCUAUUCCGAACCAAGUUUUUUUUAUACAUCUUUAGACACUUCGUUAUAAUAAAGUGCAAUUAUUGUUAAGAAAAAAUCUUUUGUUUACAUACUUAGUUAUCUAAAAAGGUGCAAGAAAUAAAUUUUAGUACAGCUCAAAAUGUCUAGACAUCCAGGGAACACGUCUUUUGGUAGAUUGAAUUCUGCAACUCAGAGCAGUCCGUUUGGUCAAACAAAUACUACUGCAAGUACUGGUCUAUUUGGUACUCAAGAAGGAUUUAGAACUGGUACCGAAACUGGAUCAGCUACUGAUGGGACUCCAGUAAAGUUUACUCCAGUUUCCGCUUUCACAACUACGGUGAAACAAAAUGUUACCCGAGCUAUAUCGAUUAACCAUAAUUCUAUGGCGGUGAUGAAAGAGUAUAAAAAUAAAUCAUUGGAAAAAUUGCGUUUGGAAGACGACACUGCUGGUAUGAAGGGAGCAAGUCAUUCAGGACAGACACCUGGUCUUUUUGGAGCUACAACUCAACCUUUACCUUUUGGACAACCAAAUACUACUGCAAGUACUGGUCUAUUUGGUACUCAAGAAGGAUUUAGAACUGGUACCGAAACUGGAUCAGCUACUGAUGGGACUCCAGUAAAGUUUACUCCAGUUUCCGCUUUCACAACUACGGUGAAACAAGAUGUUACCCGAGCUAUAUCGAUUAACCAUAAUUCUAUGGCGGUGAUGAAAGAGUAUAAAAAUAAAUCAUUGGAAAAAUUGCGUUUGGAAGACGACACUGCUGGUAUGAAGGGAGCAAGUCAUUCAGGACAGACACCUGGUCUUUUUGGAGCUACAACUCAACCUUUACCUUUUGGACAACCAAAUACUACUGCAAGUACUGGUCUAUUUGGUACUCAAGAAGGAUUUAGAACUGGUACCGAAACUGGAUCAGCUACUGAUGGGACUCCAGUAAAGUUUAGUCCAGUUUCCGCUUUCACAACUACGGUGAAACAAGAUGUUACCCGAGCUAUAUCGAUUAACCAUAAUUCUAUGGCGGUGAUGAAAGAGUAUAAAAAUAAAUCAUUGGAAAAAUUGCGUUUGGAAGACGACACUGCUGGUAUGAAGGGAGCAAGUCAUUCAGGACAGACACCUGGUCUUUUUGGAGCUACAACUCAACCUUUACCUUUUGGACAACCAAAUACUACUGCAAGUACUGGUCUAUUUGGUACUCAAGAAGGAUUUAGAACUGGUACCGAAACUGGAUCAGCUACUGAUGGGACUCCAGUAAAGUUUACUCCAGUUUCCGCUUUCACAACUACGGUGAAACAAAAUGUUACCCGAGCUAUAUCGAUUAACCAUAAUUCUAUGGCGGUGAUGAAAGAGUAUAAAAAUAAAUCAUUGGAAAAAUUGCGUUUGGAAGACGACACUGCUGGUAUGAAGGGAGCAAGUCAAUCAAGACAGACAACUAGUACUUUUGGACAACCUCAGAAAAGUAUACAGCAAACUACUUCGUUUGGACAAGCAAAUACUACUGCUAGUACUGGCCUAUUUGGUACUCAAGAAGGAUUUAGAACUGGUACCGAAACUGGAUCAGCUACUGAUGGGACUCCAGUAAAGUUUACUCCAGUUUCCGCUUUCACAACUACGGUGAAACAAAAUGUUACCCGAGCUAUAUCGAUUAACCAUAAUUCUAUGGCGGUGAUGAAAGAGUAUAAAAAUAAAUCAUUGGAAAAAUUGCGUUUGGAAGACGACACUGCUGGUAUGAAGGGAGCAAGUCAUUCAGGACAGACACCUGGUCUUUUUGGAGCUACAACUCAACCUUUACCUUUUGGACAACCAAAUACUACUGCAAGUACUGGUCUAUUUGGUACUCAAGAAGGAUUUAGAACUGGUACCGAAACUGGAUCAGCUACUGAUGGGACUCCAGUAAAGUUUACUCCAGUUUCCGCUUUCACAACUACGGUGAAACAAAAUGUUACCCGAGCUAUAUCGAUUAACCAUAAUUCUAUGGCGGUGAUGAAAGAGUAUAAAAAUAAAUCAUUGGAAAAAUUGCGUUUGGAAGACGACACUGCUGGUAUGAAGGGAGCAAGUCAUUCAGGACAGACACCUGGUCUUUUUGGAGCUACAACUCAACCUUUACCUUUUGGACAACCAAAUACUACUGCAAGUACUGGUCUAUUUGGUACUCAAGAAGGAUUUAGAACUGGUACCGAAACUGGAUCAGCUACUGAUGGGACUCCAGUAAAGUUUACUCCAGUUUCCGCUUUCACAACUACGGUGAAACAAGAUGUUACCCGAGCUAUAUCGAUUAACCAUAAUUCUAUGGCGGUGAUGAAAGAGUAUAAAAAUAAAUCAUUGGAAAAAUUGCGUUUGGAAGACGACACUGCUGGUAUGAAGGGAGCAAGUCAAUCAAGACAGACAACAAGUACUUUUGGACAACCUCAGAAAAGUAUACAGCAAACUACUUCGUUUGGACAAGCAAAUACUACUGCUAGUACUGGCCUAUUUGGUACUCAAGAAGGAUUUAGAUCUGGUACCGAAACUGGAUUAGCUACUGUAGGGACUCCAGUAAAGUUUAAGCCGGUUGUGGAUUCAUAUGCUAUGGUGACACUAGGUGUUACCCAAACUAUAUCGACUAAAUAUCGUUGCAUAACGGUGAUGAAAGAGUAUAAAAAUAAAUCAUUGGAAGAAUUACGGUUGGAAGAUUACACUGCUGGCAUGAAGGGACCAAGUCAACCAGCACAGACACCUGGUCUUUCUGGACAACCUCAGCAAAGUAUACAGCAAACUACUCCGUUUAGACAAACAAAUACUACUGCUAGUACUGGUCUAUUUGGUACUCCUAAUCGACCAGCAACUGGAUUUGGAACAAUGAACAAUACCCAAACACCGGGAUUCGGUGGUUUUGGUACUGCUCAACCAAAUCAAAGUAUUGGAUUAUUCAAUCAAAAGCCAUCAACAUUUAGUAUGACUCCAGCUACAGCUAAUACUGGGUUUGGUGGUUUCCGACAAACUGCACCAGUAAACACCGCAACCAAUUUGUUUAACAACCCUCUCACUACUGGUUUUGGAACAGGAUCAGCAUUUGGUACGACACCAGUUCCAACUUUUGGAACUAACACCGGCUUUGGUAGUACACAAAAUAACAAUACUUCAUUAUUCAACUCAUCAUUCAAACCCGCUGGACAGACGAAUACUUUUUCAUUCUUUGCAACACCUCGACCUUGUACAACUAGGAAAGUUAUUUUACCAAUAAGAAAACAUAUAAUUGAAACCUCAAGUGCAGAUAAAGAAAUAAAUUCACUUACUAACAAUUGUGAAAGUUCUUCUAAUAACAGUUCUCCAUCGACAUCAACAAGUGACCUGACUUUGGAUUCAGGAGAAAAUGUCACUGCCAAGACUUUUGAUUUUAUUCUUGGUCAACCAAAAACUACCGACGGGACUAAAAACUUUUCAUUCGAAUUAAAAACUCAAGAUCAAGAAAAGAAUGCUCUGUCAGAUGAAAAACCACUCGAUGAAGAUGAAUCGUUGAAUUUAAUCUUGAGAUGCAUUGAAAGUUUAAAUAUAAUUAUUUCUAAAGCACAAAAAUCUAACGUGAUUGGAAUAUUCGAUAACUCAGAUCUGACUGACAAGAAUAUAAUUAAAUCAGCUUUGGUCCAGUUACGUUUGUCUCCUGAAAGAUUCUCGUGGAUUAAUAAAUGUGUGUUUGUCAACAAUCAAAUCCCAACUUCAGAUUUUGUUAUUAGAAAAAAUAUUAUUUGUACCAAUGGAUACGAUGCUCAACGUUAUCACGCAGCAAUUGCAUUAAGUUGUUUAAGGGAAGAUUUAAAAUCAUUUCCAAAUGGUGAUGAAACAGUAGUUGGAAAAACAGGCUUACAAUUGACUGAUGCACAAAAAGAAAAACUUGCUCUUGCAAGAGCGUUUUACGCCAAUAAGGACAUCUAUUUCUUAGAGGAUAUAUUAAAUUCGGUUGAUAGCGCUACUGGACAAAACAUAUUUGAAACUUCAAUUAAAGAAGCUUUAGAAGAUAAAGUUGUUAUUUUCAUUACACAUAAUCCAACGUAUCUUAGUCGUUGUGAUGAAAUAUAUGUAAUGAAAAAUGGUCAAAUAAAUGCUCAAGGUAGUCAUGAAUCGUUAUUGCAAUCCAACGCGUUCUAUGCAUCUAAAAUGAACGUUACUGUUGACAAUAACUGCUCUAUUGCCGUAUGAUAAAUCUAGUUCUAUUGAAGAAGUUAGUAACCUUUCCUGUAUUUCUUUUGUCAAUACGAAAAUAUUUGGCACUAUUACUUUCUUCAUAAUCAUGAUAAUGAUAUGUUUAAUUCACUAUGAAGAAAUAAACCAACUAAUUCAGUACAUCUUCGAUUUUGAUGACGUUGAAUUAUAAUUUACUCUGGCGCUUAUCUGAAGCGCGCAUGUCUUUGAUAAAAUUCAAAUUUUGCCAUAUUUUUUAUAUCAACUAUCAUAAAAUACUAUCAAUCAUUUUAUUUAAUUCAAAUUUUUAUAAUUUUUUUUACCCAAAAGUUUAUUAUUAUUCAUUUAUUACCUAUAGAAAUUUCAUAUGUUUUUUGUUCUUAAAGUCAUAUAUAUUUAUUAAUAUCAACUACGACAUAAUAAAUAUAUGGAAUAUAAAAGCCGAAAUUAAAAAUAUUUCAGUCACGAUAAACAAGGAUAACAAUAAUUUAGUUAAGUUCAGCCAAUAUCGGCCAUAGUAAGAAAAGGCCUUGAAAUUUAUAAUCACAAUAAGCGAAAAUAAUUAUAACUGUGAUUGUAAGUGAAUUAAUUUUAUUACAAUAAAAUGUGUGUUAAUUAAUAUGUUAAAAUAAAUUUUCUACUUAAAUUUUUGUAAUAAUUAUUAACUGAAAUACAAAUACAAUUUAUAUUCCUAAAUUUUGAU